AGUGUAGAGUUGUUGUCGGAGAGGGAGGAGGAAGGCUGAGUGUAGACAGGAGGGAAAGAGAGAGUGUAAAAAAAAUAAAAUAACAAGCAUACAAGUAGGAGGAAAUACAAAAUUAAUCAUGGCAUCAGGGGACACCCUGUACAUAGAAACGGACGGGUCAGAAAUGCCAGCCGAAAUAGUAGAACUGCACGAAAUCGAAGUAGAGACAAUCGAGACAACAGUUGUUGGAGACGACGGUGAACACCAGCCUAUGAUCGCCUUACAGCCUCUUGACACGGAUGAUCCAAACUCGAUUCACCCGCACCAAGAGGUGAUUCUGGUGCAAACGAGAGAAGAGGUGGUGGGCGAGGAUGACUCUGAACUGCACACGGACGACGGUUAUGAGGAUCAAAUCCUCAUUCCGGUGCCCGCCGUGGAGGAGGACUAUAUCGAACAGACUCUCGUUACUGUGGCCGGGAAAAGCUCGUCGACAGGCCGGAUGAGGAAGGCUGGAAGCGGAAAGAAAGCGGGCAAAAAGAGCUACCUGAGCGGGGGAGAAAUGGGCAGAAAAUGGGAACAGAAGCAGGUCCAGAUAAAGACUUUGGAGGGGGAGUUUUCUGUUACUAUGUGGGCAUCAGAUGACAAGAAGGACAUAGACCAUGAGGAGCAAAUCUCUGGUGAAAACUCUCCUCCAGAUUAUUCUGAAUACAUGACAGGGAAGAAGCUUCCUCCUGGAGGCAUACCAGGCAUUGACCUCUCGGACCCCAAACAGCUGGCCGAGUUUGCAAGAAUGAAGCCAAGGAAAGUAAAAGAAGACGAUGCACCCAGGACGAUAGCUUGUCCACACAAAGGAUGUACCAAGAUGUUCAGGGACAACUCAGCAAUGAGAAAGCACUUGCAUACCCACGGGCCUCGUGUGCACGUCUGUGCAGAAUGUGGCAAAGCCUUCGUCGAGAGCUCAAAACUGAAGAGGCAUCAACUCGUACACACAGGAGAGAAACCUUUCCAGUGCACAUUUGAGGGCUGUGGAAAGCGGUUCUCUCUGGACUUUAACUUGCGCACACAUGUGCGUAUUCACACUGGAGACCGCCCGUAUGUGUGCCCCUUUGAUGGCUGCAACAAAAAAUUUGCCCAGUCAACCAACCUGAAGUCUCACAUCCUCACACACGCCAAAGCCAAAAACAACCAGUGAAUCAGCCCUAAACCCGGCUAACGACAACGACGUGAGCAUACACUGGAGGACUCGAACCUGAAUCGCCGCUCCUUGACAAACUACUGUCCCGUGGCUUGCUUUGUUGUGAGAUAAGAAGUCCCCUUUGUAUCAUCUCUAGAUAAAAGGUUUAAACAGAAAUGACCUUUUCUCACACUUUUUGAUAUACAUGUGGAGGUUUGAACAAUGAACUCGUGACAACCCCGCCCCCUCAGGCAUCCUACCCUACUUUGGCGCUACCUGGAUGGAACAAUUUACCAAUUUUCUUCUUGUGAAGAUGUUAGUUAAUGGAUCCGCGCCUAAACUUAUUUAUACCUUAAUACAGCCAGUUUAAAAGUUUUUGCAAUAGAUGUAAAAUUUGCAUCGAUCCUCCGCAAUGACAAUUUUGUAUUCCCCCCCCCCAAGUGUGCAUAUUGUACACUGUUUGACAUAAGCUCUGUGGUAAUAUGUAGUAAGAUUGUCCCUGUAGCUCUUGAAAGGUUUCUCAGUUUGUUUUACCUCCCCCUUUCCUCUUCAUGGGAAUGUGUUUCGAGGGGGGAGUUUGGUGGUCUUUGCAUAUUUUCAUUUUGUACAUCAGAAUCAUGUAGAUAAUAGCCAUGUGAUUUUCAAUUAUCACUGAUUAAAAUGUUUUUUUCCCCCCCCCUUGCACCACCAA